UGGCUAUGCUCCUGCACUUGACCAGGGUAUCUUCUGCACUGUCAAUGACCAACCUCCUGAGGAAUGUGAUCCAUUCUAUGUGGGAUUUGUUUCACAAGAAGAUAUCAAAACAGUAACUGUUGAAGCCAUCCACUGCAAUUGGCAAAGAGCAACUAUGACGUUCUCUCCGGAAGCUGCUGGAUGAAAAACAUUUUGUUAGCACGUAGUGGAUUUUAUCGUUAAAGCAGUGUGUUUCAAUUAGAACUG